AUGGAUGAUCGACUAUCAGCUCAACUUAAUGCGUUUAAGAACCGCAUCAGGAAUACGGCCAAUAUUCCUGCACCGAAGAGAAUAGUUCAGCUGGAUCCUGAACCUAAAGUUUCGCCUCUGAGACAACACCAGCAGACAAUCAAGAAGGAGCAGCAAAGGUCAGAAAUAGAAGAGGAGCUUCAACAUGAAUCCACCAGGAGCCUGGCAAAUAUUUCUGGAAGUCAUCUAUCUACCCAGUUGCACUUGGCCGUGGAAUAUAUUAAGAAGCAGGAUAAGGAGGUAUCUAUCAAUGAACUACAAAGACAUAUGUCCAUGGACAUAUCCAAGACAUUAUUGCCGUUACUUAAAAACAUAGAUAGAAUAAGAUAUGACCCCGACAGACAUACUUUGGAAUACAUGUCGCUGCACAAUAUUCGAUCUGCCGAAGAUCUGCUGAAUUAUCUUCGUAUUCAGGCUACUUUUAAAGGUAUCUUAGUUAAGGAGCUGAAAGAUGGCUGGAGCGGUUGUCUUGCGGCUAUAGCUGAGCUUGAAGAGGAGCAAAAAAUCAUUGUUCUACGUACCAAGAAGGAAAACGUCCCAAGACUGGUCUGGGCUAAUAAAGGUGGCAAGUUGGGUCAGAUCGACGAUGACUUUAUCGAAAUGUGGAGUAAAGUGAAACUUCCUGAUGCUGGUAAUUUACAGGAAGAGCUCAUUAAUAAUGGGUUAAAACCUACCAGUGUGGACCCUUCUAGUAUCAAAAGGAAAGUCAUGCAUUCUCAGGAAAAUAAACAGAAAAAACCUAGACGAGGAAAGAUCACAAAUACUCAUAUGAAGGGUAUUCUAAAAGAUUAUUCUGGAAGGGUCUAA